ACUGGUUUUUUCCCGUUCGAGGUAAGUGUUCAAAAAUAGGCAUCGUGUAUUUUAUAAGCUUUUUUCUUCUGUAUGUGUGGGUUUUAUCCCCCAUAAAUUGUAUGUAUGUAAAAUUUAUGAGCGUGAAGCGUUUUGCUGUCAGCUAGUGCAAUGAUUAUCAAUAUAAACGUCAUUAUUUUAGAGUUAUUGUGCUUGCAUAACGUGAUGAAAAGCACGUUAGCCAUUUAACGUCAUUCAAUGAUCCAACGUCUUAAAACGAUGUCAUUUUGAUAAACUAUGUCUUGUUCGAGAAUUCAUGGAAACCAGUCAGAGUUGAAGAAGUGUUGAAUAUUAUUGUAUAAGGGUUAUACUGUCGUUGUGUAAAUUACAUGCUCAUCAAUGAGUAGCACGAGGCUAGCGCUACUCGCACGUGACUAAGCUAGCAUAACCUUGCUAAUUAACGAUUAGUAUUAGGCCAGUGCUACUCGCCAGUGGCUAAAGUAGCAGAUACUGGCACACUGUGAAUACUAAAUAUGCAGCUAGUCAAUGGUAUGUGUUUAUUUUUGGCAUGCUGUAUAAUUCAUUUUGUUCAAAUGAAACACUUACUUUAAUGUGUUCGUGAAAAUGGAUUGAAAGCUGUUUAAAAAUGUAAAUGUUUUAAGUGUUUAUUAAUUCAGAAUGUGAAAUGUGAUUUUUAAGAAAUGUACUUGAUGAUAUUCUCCCCUCGCAAUCAUCAUAGUAUGACAGAAAAAUAACUUGACAUUUUAUUACGACUCAAAUUGUACGCUUGUUGUGAAUGUCUUUUUAUUAAUUGUAUUCCAACAUAGUCAUGUAACUUACAUAGGCCAUUCUCGUGGAUGCCACAGCCAUAAGUCAUAACUGUAACAAAUGUUUCCAGUAAGUAAAAGUAUUUUGUCAUUUCUAUAUAUCUCCAUUCGUAUCCAUUUAGUCUAGUGUUUAACUCAAUCAAAACCUAAUUUUAUUAUUUAAGAUCUAUGAAUUGUUCUUAAUUUGUUUAAACCUUGGCUUGUUACAGUUGUGACAUUUACACAAAUUUGGUAGUAUUGCCUAUUACAAUGUGCUUUACGUGAAGUCACUUUCAGUUAACAUACGUACACCAAUGGGCCGCUGUUGCUGCCGCUGCUGCCAUGCAAGGUGCUGCUGCCAUGCAAGGUGAUGCUGUAACCCACUGGAGCAACAAGGGUAAAGUGUCUUGCCCAAUGAGACAACGACAAAAUGCACAAGUGGGGGCCAGAAUGGAUCUCAACCUUCAAGGAUGAUCAACUCAAUCACCUGGCUGUUGUUGUAUACUCUAAUGAUUUUAUGUGUGGAAAAAAUAGCAACAUCUUAACACAUUGACAGCAACUACAAUUGCUUUAAAUGUGAACUGGUUUUACAUUCAUGACAGCAACUUUGCCACAUUACUUACAACACUCAAACUGAGGAAACCCCUCAAUAUUUCUGUUCUAGCAUGGUAUGAAGCAUGAUCAUUUAAUGCCCACCAAACCAGUAAAUUGGAUUUGAUUUCAUUACCAGUGAAUUAACAAAUGUUGUAUAAUUAAAAUUCAGACUACUACAUUGCAAUGCUGUAUAGGUUGUAUUCACUGUUUUUUCACAAGUGCUUUUCAACCGUUUUGAUGCCAAGCACUCUUAAAAAAAAUCAUUACUGUGGUACACAAAUUGGAAUGCCAACACAAGAUUUUUUAUUUUAUUUAUUUAUUUGUUUCAAUGAUUUUUGAUGUCUGAACAAGUAUGAUGUUCCUUUGGCACAGGAGAAAUUGGAAAGUUGUAGCACCUAAAAAAUACUUUUUUUUUUUUUUUUUGCAGAAGGCCAGUUCACCUGUGGUAGACGACCUGUUGCAGACCCACAAUCCCCUCUUGUUGCUGCUCUUUCUGUUGUCUCUGCCUACUUUCCUUCUAAGUCCAUUGAUCCACUGAAAGAAAAUGCCAAAAAAGGGCAAGAGAUCUCAAGCUACAAAGUUGCGCUGGGAACAGUGUGAUAAAAAUGCUGAGUCCCAGGCAACUGUUGAAGCUUCUGUAGAUGUCUCUGUCACUGCUGCACAUCUUGAUGCAAAUUCGGACAACGGCAUUGAUACAGCCCUUGGUCAAACAACUGAUAAAAUGCCAAAAAAGGGCAAGAGAUCUCAAGCUACAAAGUUGCGCUGGGAACAGCGAGAUAAAAACGUUGAGUCCCAGGCACCUGUUGCAGCUUCUGCAGAUUUCUCUGUCACUGCUGCACAUCUUGAUGCAAAUUCGGACAACGGCAUUGGUAGAGCCCUUGGUCAAACAACUGAUAAAAUGCCAAAAAAGGGCAAGAGAUCUCAAGCUACAAAGUUGCGCUGGGAACAGCGUGAUAAAAACGUUGAGUCCCAGGCACCUGUUGCAGCUUCUGCAGAUUUCUCUGUCACUGCUGCACAUCUUGAUGCAAAUUCGGACAACGGCAUUGGUAGAGCCCUUGGUAUGAAAAAUGGAGCAUUGCGUGAGAUACGCAAAGAUGAUCAUGGCACACAUGAUCAUUGUAGAGCAAAUGAAAGCAUGUGUAAGACACGCAGAAAUUAUCAUGGCAUAUCAAAUGGCACCUCGCAUCAGAGACGCAAUGUUGACACCUCACCGAUGAGAGAUGAGAAACUUAUCUGUGACAUGACAGCGCAUUCAUGUGAAGCAGCUGAGAGCCAGGUUUUAUCCCAUUGUCUUCAGGCAAGUUCAGCUGUUGCAGCGUUGGUGCAUGACACACCUGUGGAGGUGACAAGUGCUGAACUGGAUCUUGUCCUUGACCGAGGCAAUGAACUGUACAUGCGGACAGUGUCUGCGUUGAAAGUCCAAGGAAAAUUCCAAAACGCAUUAUUAGCAACUGAUGAAAUUCCAGAAUUUGUGAAUGGUUUGGAGAAAGUUUCUUUUAAUAAAGUGUCAAUCAAUGUAUGGAUUUUUUAUGUCUUCAUUUGGUGAUGUGGAAAUUAUGAGCCUUCGUGACAGACUUCAGUGCCUAAUGUCAGAAGUUAACUAUGCUCUUAUUGUCAUGAAUGCCAUGUACAUAGCGAUUUUCCGAGACGAACAAGGCAUGUACGGCUACUUUGAUCCCCAUUCGAGAGAUCGUCAUGGUCAUGAUACUCGCAAUGG